UUUUGCAAAGCAAAAGCGACCGAGACCAACACCUUCCGCAAGGACGAAACAGAAAACAUUUAUAUAUAAAGCACCAGCGUCGUAGUUAUCGUUAGUCUGAACAACUUUUUCUACCUUCCGAUGGUUACGAAAGUAGAGGAUCAGGGUGGUGGUACCACAUGGCGGGUGGAAACUGGGCGCUAACAUGUGAAGAAGAAGAUGUCUCGCGACGAGAUUCGUGUUGGAAGAUUUUCUGAGUAAAGCCGGCGCUUAUCAAACUACAUUGCGUGGUGGCAGUCUACUUCGCUAGAAGGUCUCUACCUUCUCUCCUAGUACGAAUACAGCCAACGAACUGUUAAGCGCCGACGUGAAUACGAAAAGACGCCCGAGUAAAAAGUAAAGAGGACCGAUCGUGAUCCUGCCCGUGUCUGUUUCUACGGUGACGACAUCAACAAGACCUAGACAGCUAGGACCACCAGGGAACAAUCGAGCGGUUCACACGAGAACGACACAUCCACUACAACUACACAACAAGUAACUUUCUUGACCGAGCAGGAACAGCGAGUCCUUCUCCCGAUCGGCGAGCCUGUUGCAGCUUUCUGUCCCUGUAGCUCUUCGCUUCUGCUCUAGCCACGCAAGGAUCAACAGUCACCUUCUCUUUACAUGACAUCGUGCGGAGAUCAUCAUGAAAAUGGUGCACACGUCUUCCUAUGAUCAGGAUCUUCAGAGAAUCUUCUCCCUCCGACUUCUCAUUCUCUAGAAGAACACUUCCGCCUUGAACAACGGCUUUGGUGGAAGUCCUUGGAGGAAGUAGAUUUAUUGCGCAGCAGGCCCACGCCACCAUGACCGGGCGGGAAGAGCUGCCACUCCCACGAUAUCAAUUGCGAAAGGAUCUGGCUGUUACCGGUAGUAAUCGCAUUUCCAUUUGCAACGAGUCAUGCAUCAAAAACAAAUAUCCUUGUUCCUAAGCCGCAUCGGCAUCGAUAAUAUAGAAAUUUCGUUUUCCGAUUUCGCCACUUUGUCAUGCAAAUCCAAUUGGAUUACGAUUAGGAUUACUACACUAGUACAAUCACUGCCUCGCUUUUUUGCACUGCAUACACGGGAUCCCGGCACGAUUUUUCCUUUCGAGUGUAAAGAUGAGGACGAGUGCCAGCGUGUGUUGAUGGUCGCGGAAACGUGGGGGAGAGACACUAAAAAUCACGACUGCGAGAACACGAAGCUUUAUCGCGCUUACGUACACAACAAGGAUGCAAAAGAUGGAAAUUUGUCCAUGGAGCUCCUGGAGGUACCAGAAGGACUACUGGGGAAAAAGCUGAAAAAACUGGGAGAGGGCGGAUACGGAACGGUGUACGAGGUGCAGGAAAAGUUUGCUGUCAAGCGAAUGGAAUUCAAGAGAAAUUACACCUACAAUGAAUGUGUGCGCAUGCAGCGGGAGAUCAACGCGAUGACAGUUCUGAAGCAUCCAAAUUUCAUCCGACAGUGUGGGGUAUGGACGUGUGGGCCGGGAGCGGGAAUCAAGCACUUCAACAUCUUUAUCGUGAUGCUAUCAAAUCAUGCAAAAAUCUCUGGGUCAGGAAGAAUGCAAGAUUUGUCAUGCAUAUUUCUCAUGACCCAUGAUGCCUGUAAUUCAAAUUCAAACUCAUGA